GAUAAACACACAGACGCCCGGAAGUCGUGGUAGCAUGAACUGAGUAUCAAUGUUGCCUGAAAUUGUACAUAUUAUAUUUUACCAACGCCGAUGUGAAGUGAGAAUAUGUUUACAAGAACAAAGCAGGCAUUAUGUGUGUGUGGCAGACUACUUAAGAUAGGGCAUCCACGGCAAGGUCUAGAAGGUCAGCUCUAUAUCCCGACUGUGAUCCAAGUAGCCGGAAUACGUACUCCUGAACUUCCCGAUGAUUACGAUCAUAUUGUUAUUCCGGAUAAACCAAAAUUGAAGUUCUAUGAAAAACAACCACAGAAUGUUAUCAUUAAAAAAGAAUCCAAAAAAUUGAUAGAUAUUCGAGGACCAGAGCCGACGGAACACACGUUCAACCAUAAACAGUAUGGAAUAGUUGCUCUUGGUGGCGGCUAUCUGCGCUAUGGACACAUUGAAAUGAUGAGACUUACUAUCAAUCGCAAGAUGGAUGCCAAAAAAAUGUUUGCUGUGUGGAGAAUUGAUGCCCCAUACAAACCUAUUACUAGUAAAGGACAAGGCAAACGAAUGGGAGGAGGCAAAGGUGCCAUUGAUCAUUUUGUAACCCCAAUCAAACAUGGACGAAUCAUUCUUGAAAUGGGUGGAAGAGUCCCAUAUGAGCAGGUGAAACACAUACUGGAAGAAGUUGCUCACAAGUUACCAUUUAAAGCAAAAGCACUUACUCAUGAAACUUUGGAAGAUAUGAAGGCAGAAGCAGAGAGACUGAAGAAGAACAAUGCCAAUCCAUGGACUUUUGAGAGGGUUGCCAAUAGAAAUUAUCUUGGUAUUGAUAGACAUUUAAGUCCUUAUGACUAUCUUUGGUAUGGGAAAUUUAGAUAAAAUUAUACAUAUGUUUUCACCCUUAUGAAUUAACAACGUCGUGUUCAUAUAAUUAUAUGUUUGCCAAUUGAUUAAUAAAGUUCUUCAUUUGCAAAGCAGAUGAAAGUUGGUUUCAUA